UCCUGCAAGAGCCCAGGGCUGAAGAGAAAGCCUCUCCGAGGGACGAAAGGAAGGCAAACAGUGGCGAAUUUAAGGGACGCUUUGAAGGAACGAUGAAUAACUUGAGAGAGCUGGUGUGUACUCUGCUGCUUUGUGGAGCAACCCUCACCUUGGCCAGCCAGGAAGCCCACCCACGAUUCAGAAGAGGAGCCAGGUCUUACAGAGUGACCUGCAGAGAUGAGAAAACACAGAUGCUGUACCUGGAGAACGAGUCAUGGCUGCGCCCCGUACUCAGAAGCAACAGGCUAGAAUACUGCUGGUGCAACAGCGGUCGCUCGCUGUGCCACUCGGUACCCGUCAAAAGUUGCAGCGAGCCGAGGUGCUUCAACGGGGGGACGUGCCGGCAGGCUCUGUAUUUCUCAGAUUUUGUCUGCCAGUGUCCUGAAGGGUUUUUGGGGAAACGCUGUGAAAUAGAUGCCAGUGCCACCUGCUACAAGGACCAGGGAAUCACCUACAGGGGCACAUGGAGCACAGCGGAAAGCGGGGCCGAGUGUGUCAACUGGAACAGCAGCGCGCUGGCCCUGAAGCCCUACAAUGGGCGCAGGCCAAACGCCAUCGCGCUGGGCCUCGGGAAUCACAAUUACUGCAGGAACCCAGACAGAGACUCAAGGCCCUGGUGCUACGUCUUCAAGGCCGGGCAGUACAGCACCGAGUUCUGCAGCACGCCCGCCUGCCCCGAGGAAAAAAAUGGGGACUGCUAUGUUGGAAAGGGGUUAGCAUACCGUGGCACCUCCAGCCUCACCGUGUCUGGCGCCUCCUGCCUCCAGUGGAAUUCCGUGGCCCUGAUAGGCAAGGUCUACACAGCGUGGAAGACCAACGCCCAGACAAUGGGCCUGGGCAAACACAACUAUUGCCGGAACCCAGAUGGGGACGCCAAGCCCUGGUGUCACGUGAUGAAGGACCACAAGUUGACGUGGGAAUACUGUGACGUGCCCCAGUGCUCCACCUGUGGCGUGAGACAGUACAAGCAGCCUCAGUUCCGCAUUAAAGGAGGACUCUACGCGGACAUCACCUCUCACCCGUGGCAGGCUGCCGUCUUCGUCAAGAACAGGAGGUCACCCGGCGAGAGGUUUCUGUGCGGGGGGAUACUGAUCAGCUCCUGCUGGGUCCUGUCUGCGGCACACUGCUUGCAGGAGAGGUAUCCUCCCCACCACCUCAAGGUGGUCCUGGGCAGAACCUACCGAGUGGUCCCCGGAGAGGAGGAGCAGAAAUUCGAAGUCGAAAAAUACAUCACCCAUGAGGAGUUUGAUGACGACACUUACAACAACGACAUCGCACUGCUGAAACUGCAGUCGGACUCGCUCCAGUGUGCCCGGGAGAGCGACACCGUCCGCACCGUCUGCCUGCCCGACGCCGACCUGCGGCUGCCCGACUGGACGGAGUGCGAGCUGUCUGGCUACGGGAAGCACGAGGCGUCUUCUCCUUUCUAUUCUGAGCGGCUGAAGGAGGCUCAUGUCAGGCUGUACCCAGCCAGCCGCUGCACAUCACAACAUUUGUUUAACAAAACCAUUACAAACAACAUGCUGUGUGCUGGAGACACACGAAGCGGUGGGAACGAGGCAAACCUGCAUGAUGCCUGCCAGGGUGACUCAGGUGGCCCCUUGGUGUGUAUGAAGGACAACCACAUGACUUUGGUCGGCAUCAUCAGUUGGGGCCUCGGCUGUGGGCAGAAAGAUGUUCCAGGUGUAUAUACCAAGGUUACUAAUUACCUAGACUGGAUUCAAGACAAUAUGCGACCAUGACCAAGGGCGCCCAGUUCCCCGAAAUCACGGGAGGAAGCUGGGGCUUCCCCCACUUCCGAAGACACACCAAGGCGGGGCGCUUCUUCAGAGAGAUGAGCCGUAACACAGUACAAGUGGGUGGCGGGGUGGGGGGGGACCGAUAGGAGAGGGGACAGGAUAGGUUUUCACGGGUACUUCCCAUUUUAGAAGUUUUCAGGGGGUUAAGACUGGAUUUCAGAAUGGAGUCUGUCAGCCGAGAAGACAGAUAAAAGCCAACCCCUCCUGGAAUACGACCAUCUAGGGCAGAAGAGAGGUAGACCAAAAGCCCGACCCGAGCUGUCAACAUGUGGAGAGUUGGGAAAGGGACCACAAAGAAGAAAGUAUGUCUCAGCAGUGUAAAAAAAAAAAAAAAAAGUCUGGAGCUUUCAGGAAGGAAGGAUUGCAUUAGAAAUGGAGUGUCUAUUUAUACUCACAAGGAAGCCCAAUGGGGGCCUCCUGAUGAGGGAUGGGCUGGCCGGCCAGAUCAUGUUCCUCAACAUCUUUUAAAUCCAGUAUUUGGCUUUUCCCUUUCUCCACUCUACAGUUCUUGGAAGGAAAUCCUUUUGUGGAUAGUGUAAAUCUUUUUUCUUUAUAAACUUCAUAAUAAAGCAGGAGACUUGUAUCAUUUUAAUA